UUCGGACAUGGCCGUCUGCGACAUCUUGGGAGCGGCGCCGCCUCUCGCCGGGUCACCGGCUGCACUCGCCCGCGGUCCGCUGGCGCGUCUCGCUGGGGAAGAACCUGGGGCGGGAGACCGGAGGAGGGAGGGGCCCGACCGGUCCCCACGGCAACCGCCGGCCUCCCAGCGGCUGCGGCCCAGCCGGACUCCAGCUCCGCGCAGGCGCAGGGACCUCCACCCUCCGUCCGGCCGCGACCGCGAGGAGGAAGAGGAGAUGGGCUACCCGAGGCCCGGCCCACGCCGCGUUCGCGCGUGCGCACGGGGAGGCGGGGGCGGGGCGCAUGGGGACUUCGGCGCGCGCCGGAAGCACGUGCGCGGGCUGGGUCCCCUGGCUGUGUGCGCCGAGGCUCCUGAGUAUAGCAGAUUGGUUCUGAUUAAAACCAUUUCAGAGGAAAGACAGUGAUCCCAGGAAGUGGGAAGAAAACAGCAUCACCUGAAGUCUUUCCUAUUCGUUAGAUGUUUUCUUCCUGCGAAAAACCACUAUGUACAAGAAAGAAGUCAGUGAGCUGCAGUGAUAGUGUUAUUGACUGAAACUGGACCAGAGAUCCCUGAAAUCUGGACAAGGUGGUAGAAAUACAAAUUAUGCUGCCACUUCAAAGCUGUGGGCAGUUUUCUACUUUGUGGAGGUAGGCCUUUGGGAAAGACUGUUUUGGAAAAACCACCUAAAGAGACCAUUUAGUUUGCAAAUGUAACUGCAGUAUCACAAUUGGAAGAAGAAAUAUGCAAGGGCGAGGUUUGAAGGAGCCGUUCAGUUCAGUAUCCUAGAAUGAUACUAUGGAAGGUUCUUUGCAUCUUACUAACUUUGGGUCUUUGAAAGAAAACAAAUUUCUUCAAAAUGUUUUUAGAGACUGCUUUGAUUCUGAGGCACUGCUGAUUAUAUGGAAGAAAAAAUUAUUGCAAAAUUAAUUUGUGUUUUCUCCAGUUAUCAUCUCCUUUCUCUUUGGGGGAGGUUUGUGACAGAGUAAAAACAGAUAUACAAAAGCCUAGACAUGUUGGAGAUUUGUCUAAGGGAAAUGUAAUUAUGGAGAAGGAUUUUUUUGAGCUGAAACUAGAUCCCACUUUUUUCCAGGUCAGUGGUCCUUCAAGUAUCUGAUACUUUCCUUCCUGCUUCCUGACAAUGCUAAAGGAUGUGGCAGGACCUCGCAUUUAAUGCCCAACGUGAAGAGCCCUAGGGCUUGAUGCAUGGGAUUCUUGGAGUGAGGCCUGGUGGAGGGCACUGGUCACAGCCUCGGUGGAAUGGUGACUCUCUUUGGUAACUGGAAUUGAAGAAAAUGAGUGGACUUGUGUCUGAGCACUUGGGAACUCAGCAAUCCUUGGGUGUUACCUUGAGAAGGAGCCACGUUCUGGACAUACAAGUGGAGACUUGAAACUGGAAGCUCAAUUCCAUAGCCAGGCUGGUGGAGACUAUGACAUGUAACUCACAUCUUCAAGAAAGUAGAGACCUCAGAGGUCACUGGGCCACUUUACCUUCCACUGUCAAAAAAACUAUGUCUGUGAUCAGAUACCCCUGUUGCUAGGGAAUAUUUGUCAGAAUGGGCUAGAUUAACUGCAGUAAUGCAGAUCUCUCAACCCAUUUAUGACUUACACAGCAAAGUUCCUCACUCAGACUACCUGUCCACUCCCACUAGCAGAGACUUGCUCAUGGGCCCUCCUAGACCCAGGCUGACCGAAUGUGUUUUAUCUAAACACACCUCCACAGUCACUCAGGUAGGAGUGGCAAUGCACUAGGACCAAUUGUGCAUUAGCUAGAGAGGCACUUACCAGGAAUUAAUUGCUAUAAGAACUUGUAUUUACAUUUUGUGGGCUAAAGCAAGUCAUGUGGCAACGCUUAAUUUCAAAGAGGACAGGAAAUGCAAUAUUAUUGUGUCCCUGAAA